UGGCCGACGUGUUAAAGGACAAAAACGCAAGCCAAAGGACAUUUCUCAGGCGUUGACGCAUUGCUCAACAUUAUCAUAUCGCCAGCUAAAGUGCAGUUCCAAGUGAGAAAAGCGGCUAGAAAUAAACGGAUAAUCGCCGAAGAAUAUUGAAAUACAUAUCCCCCAAUCGUAACUGUGCAAUCCUACCGAAGUUUACAUAAUCCCUUCGCCAUGUCCACCGCAUCAUCGAGCAACUCCAGCGGCGAGGAGCCCAACAAAAAGUCCGGCUCCAACAACGAGGAGAGCUCCCACCUGCUGGAAUCCGCCGAAAAUGGAGCCAAGUACGGCUCCAGACAGCCGGUCAAAAUCGUCAAAGCCAGCGAUAAUGGACGCACUAGCUCCACCCCACAUGAUCAGGAGAAUCUACUCGACAACAUGGUGCACACGUCGACUUCGAAUAACGCCCAGAAGUGGCCGCAAUAUGUCGCCGCAUUGGCUGCAGCUGGUGGCGCCUUCGCCGCCGGUACCGUCCUGGGUUGGACAUCGCCGGCCGAAACGGUGAUCGUACAGGACCAGGAAGGAUACGAUUUCCCCAUUGACGCAGAUCAGUUUUCGUGGGUGGGAUCGGCCAUGACGCUGGGUGCCGCCUGUGUGUGCAUUCCCAUUGGCUUCCUGAUCAAUAUGAUUGGCCGAAAGUGGACCAUGCUGUUGCUGGUGCUGCCCUUCAUCCUCGGUUGGGCCAUGCUCAUCUGGGCAUCCAAUCUGGGUAUGCUCUAUGCCUCGCGUUUCAUCCUCGGUAUCGCCGGUGGAGCCUUCUGUGUGACCGCUCCCAUGUACACGGGUGAGAUUGCCCAGAAGGAAAUUCGCGGAACGCUGGGCAGCUUCUUCCAGCUGAUGAUAACCAUUGGUAUCCUGUUCGUCUAUGCUGUCGGAGCUGGUGUGAACAUAUUCUGGUUGAGCGUCAUUUGUGGCAUUUUGCCCCUCGUCUUUGGCGUCAUCUUCUUCUUCAUGCCAGAAUCGCCCACCUACUUGGUUUCCAAAGAUCGGUCGGAGAACGCCAUCAAGUCCAUUCAAUGGCUGCGUGGCAAGGAAUACGACUACGAGCCAGAGCUGGCGGAGCUGCGUGAAAUCGAUCGGGAAACCAAGGCCAGCAAGGUGAACGUGUGGGCUGCCCUGAACCGUCCCGUCACUCGGAAGGCUUUGGCCAUUAGCAUGGGUCUUAUGUUCUUCCAGCAGGUUUGCGGAAUCAACGCUGUUAUUUUCUACUCUUCGAGGAUCUUUAAGGAAGCCAAUACUGGCAUCGGACCCCAGUGGGCAACGAUCAUCAUCGGCAUCAUGCAGGUGGUGGCCACCUUUGUGUCCACCCUGGUUGUGGAUAAACUGGGCCGUCGCAUCCUUCUGUUGGCUUCUGGAAUUGCCAUGGCCAUUUCCACCACCGCCAUUGGAGUGUACUUCUACCUCCAGGACCAGGACAUCGAUCAAGUGGCAAAUCUGGGCUGGCUCCCAGUGGGCAGCUUGUGUCUGUUCAUCAUCAUGUUCUCGAUUGGCUAUGGACCGGUGCCAUGGCUGAUGAUGGGAGAGCUCUUUGCCACCGACAUUAAGGGAUUCGCUGGAUCGCUGGCCGGAACAUCCAACUGGCUCUUGGCCUUUGUGGUUACCAAGACGUUUGUGAACUUGAACGACGGCAUGGGCAUUGGCGGAACCUUCUGGCUCUUCGCUGGUCUGACUGUUCUGGGAGUGAUAUUCGUUUUCCUCGCCGUGCCGGAAACGAAGGGCAAGAGUCUUAAUGAGAUUCAGCAGGAGCUGGCUGGCAACCGGUCGACUCCUGAAGCUAUUCCCGCGGAAAAGUAAAGGUUCACCUGUGUCCACCUGUGAAGCCAGAAACGCAAAUCGCAAUUCGCAAACCGGAAGGCGAAAGACGGACCGGAAAUCACUGUUAACUUGCUGUUAAUAUACGUUCGAUUUAAGUUCGCGUUUAAUGCAAGUAUUUUGGCGUUUUCGAUGGAUGAAUUUUUUUAUAGAAUUUAAUAUCCGCAUAGAUUUUCGGUUAAGUAUAGCAGAUUCAGAUAAAGAUGAAGAAAAUUGCAGGAAACUAUAACUAAGAGCGAAGACUGAAGGUCAACUGCAGAAAAGCCGCGAUAUUUUUUAUUUUGCAGCCAUAGAAAAGACAACAGCAAUUUAAGAAAAAACAUAUAUACCUAUAUAUAUCAAUAUAAUGUAUGUAUGCUUAUUUAGUGUUAUUCAUUCAACCAACGAAAUCUGUUUUACAAAAUUUUAAGGCAUACUUGCAUUUGUUCGGAUUUUUACGGUGUUUGCAAGCAUUUGUUCGAUAAUUCUUAAUCUUAUUGUACUAUAUUGUAUGUCUAUGUAUAUGAACUUUAUGUAUGUGUAGCUGUUUGGGUCUAAAUUUCCAAAAGCAUUCAGUCGAUUCACUUAGCAUAGCUCGUUUAAGUUAUAAGCCACGCCAUUUGCCAAUAUAUUUAUUUAUGCCAAGUUAGCGAGAGGAAGAUGUUUAUAUUUUAUUUAGAAAAACCAAAAUAUACGCAUUUUAAAAUAAUUUUCCAACCGAUAUUUGAAUUUAAUUUUAUAAUCGCUGAAAGCUAUAAAGAAAUCCCGUCUAUCAUUGUUAAACUUGCAUAUAGUAUUUAUGGAAAAAUGUAAACUACCGAGUAAAAUAAAAAUAUAUCAAUAUAUUUAAUAUGUUGUAA